GAAGCUUACGGGAUACGGGGCGUGGCUCUAUGUAUAGAAAAGCUCGAGCUGCGAUUGGUCGCGGCGCUCUCACAAAGCUGGGGGGGCGGGGCCGCCAGCGCCGUGUAUAAAAGCGCGCGCCGCCUCCGCGCCCGCCAGUUCACUCGCCACUCGCAGUGUAAGCGCACGCGUAGCGCACCUCUAUAAAGUGUAUCACAAGUGUUUUCCAAAAUGGUGAAGUUCGAAGGAGAUUUCAGUAUAAACUCUAUACUGAUGAAUAAGCCGGCGCCCCCGCCGUCACCCACGGCCUCGUCGACAGGCGCCUCGCACUCCGAGGCCGACCUGAGCGACUCGGAGCUGGACGUGACCGGCACUGAGCCAGUCGACUGCUCCAAACCCAAGGACGACGAUGACAAGAAGGACAAGAAACACGAGAAGCCCGCCUACAGCUACAAUGCUCUCAUCAUGAUGGCCAUCCGCAACAGCCCCGAGAAGCGGCUCACUCUCAACGGCAUCUACGAGUACAUCAUGACCAACUUCCCGUACUACCGGGAGAACCGCCAGGGAUGGCAGAACUCUAUCCGCCAUAACCUCAGUUUGAACAAGUGCUUUGUGAAAGUGCCGCGCCACUACGACGACCCCGGCAAGGGCAACUACUGGAUGCUGGACGCUUCAGCCGAAGAUGUGUUCAUCGGCGGCACGACGGGCAAGCUGAGGCGGCGGUCCGCGCUCAACGGCCGCUCCCGGCUGGCCUGCUUCAAGCGGCCGCUGUUCCCGGGCACGGCCCUGCCGGGCUACCCGCCCGCCACGUACUCGCAGCUCGUAGGGCUGUACUCGCAGCUGCUGUACCAGAGGUACGCGCCCAUGCAGAUGAAGACGCCGCCGGUGGCGCCGAGCGCGGUGCACCCUGCGUUCCGCGGCGAGGCUCUCGGCUACGGCAGCCUGCCCUACUCGCCCGCACUGUACGAGCGCCUGCCGCCGGGCCCGUUCCUGGGCCAGGCGCCGCUGCUGCCGGGCUCGCCGCCCAUGCUGCCCUCGCCCACGCACUCAGGCUCCUCCAGCCCCGAGCUGCCCUCCCCGCCGCACCAGUCGCACCACCCGCUCUCGCCUCACAUCUACAAGCCCGUCACGGUGCUCACGCGGCAGUGAUCACGCAUCUAUCUCGUCGAGGCUUUACCAAAUAGACUGACUAAAAGGUCGGAAGACAUUUUUAUUUAUCUGUGAUUUAGUUUUAGUGUAGCCAAUGGACCAGUGGAGUCGGGAGGUAAUCUCUGUUCGCAAUAUUAGCCUCGUGUAACUCGUAGCAUUCCGCCAUUGUACUCGUAUUGUCAUUAUGUGUAAAUAUUUCCAAAGUUGUAUAUUUAUUGAAUUAGCUCAUAGGAUUAAGAUAAAGAGUUAUUAUGAAUAAAUCUAAAGUAUUGUUCACAUUUAAAA